AACAACAACACAGCAAGUUAACCAUACAUUUUCCUGGCCGCCUUUUCGACGAUAUUUUUUCGGAGCCAAAACUCGAUUUUUAUCAGUCUACUACGGGAACGUAUUUUUCGCGCUCUAAACAAAUUAUCGGCGAAAAAUCGUGAGUAUUCUCGUUUUUGGUACCGGUUUCUCUUCUCCAGAAGAGAACAAUCGCACUCUCAAUCACAUACACACCCGCGCUCCUUCGCACACAUCUACAACCGACUGUAUUAUGAUGGCAGCGAAUUUGGAUACUUUUGAAGCAAACAGCAGUAACAACAACAAGGAUUUUACCGGCGAGACUUCCGAACAAAAGGUUCCGAUGAAGGACGAGUCGUUCAGGAAGUUGCGUGAGACAUUUGUCAUCAAAAGUAAAAUUGGUGCAGGUACGUUCAGUAAGGUGUAUCUUGCCUACGCAAGGGGUGAUGUCGAAAAGAAACGUUAUGCCAUCAAGCACAUCAAGCAAACAACACAUCCGGAGAAGUUACGUCGCGAAAUAUUUUGCCUACUGAAGAUUGGAGGACAAGAUAAUGUUAUGGGAUUAGUAACCUCAUUACGAAUUGGUAGUUCUGUUUGCUUGGUAAUGCCUUAUUUCAAGCAUGACCACCCAUUGAAUUAUUUAUGUACAAUGGAUGUUAAUGAAAUGCGAUUUUACAUUAAAAAUUUGUUGAUUGCAUUAAAAAGGAUACAUUCUUUCAAUAUUGUUCACAGAGAUGUGAAACCCAGCAAUUUUUUGUAUAAUCGUUCAACUUCAACUUUUAUGCUCACUGAUUUUGGACUUGCUCAUGCUAACAUUAACCCUACUAGACGUAAGGAAAUAAAAAGUCUGCCUGAUAAUAAGUCUGAUACGUCCUCUCAGAAACAAAAAAGUUCAAGUUGUGACCUCAACGUUAACCACAAACGAUCAAGUUCUGUAGGGAACAUACGAUUAAGUUCAUAUCAGAAACGUAUUCUUCAGAACAUAGCUGAUGAGACCAACUCUAUACCUCAGGGAUGUAAUUUAAAGAAAAGAACUAAACUAAUGAUGCCUAAAGAAUCAUUACUAAAGGAAAAUUCACCCAUUAAAAAACAAUUAGAUGUUCCUAAGAACAAUAAUCCUAGUAAUUCAAGUGGCAUGAAUAGCUUAUUCCAUGAGAAAAAUAGUUUUACUGUUCCUAAAGUGCAACGUCUUACAUGUGAUUGUGUAGGCAAAUUAAAAGUUUGCAAUGUUUGUAUAAAAAGACCUGAAAUGAAAGCUCCUCGAGCAGGAACACCAGGGUUUCGAGCUCCUGAAGUCCUCUUAAAAUACAAGUAUCAAAAUACUGCUCUUGAUAUCUGGUCAGUGGGAGUUAUAAUGUUGAUUGCUAUGAGCCGCUGUUACCCUUUUUUUAGUGCAGAGAAUGAUUCUACAUGUUUGGCUGAAAUGAUAACUGUUUUUGGGGAUAGGGCUAUAAAAAAUUUAGCCAAAAUGUUAGGUCGCAAUGUUGUAUGUGAAGUUCAAAAACCUCCUCUUGAUCUUCGAGCAAUUUGUCGUCUUUUAUGUCAUCGAUCAAGUGUACAAACUUUAAAUCCAUCUGCUGUUUCAUCAAAUGAUGGUUUGGAAACUUGUAGUUUUUGUACAAAACCAAUACAACUAUCUGGCUGUGAAGUUUUUUCAGAUAGUUGUAGUUGUUACUUAAAUGUGGCCGAUGAUUUUCCUUAUCCUGCGUAUGAUCUCUUAAAAAAAUUGUUAUGUUUGAAUCCAGUAACACGAAUAACAGCAGAUAUUGCUUUGAAACAUCCAUUCUUUAAAAUGAAUGAAAAGAAAAAUUAAUGCUUAAAAAUUUAUUAUUUUAUUUAACUUUGUUAUUUAUUUAUUAAAUAUAAAUUUUUCGUUUGUAAAUUUUUAAUUGCACUUUUUGCAAGAUGUAAAAUUAUUCAACUUCAAUUUAUUAAAAAAACUCCAUUAUUAUAUUAGAUUCAUAUGAACAAAUGUUGAAAAAAGUGAAUUAUUGUUGUGUAGUUAUUCCUUAUUUAUUAAUUUUCAAAUGUAUUAAAAUUUAUUGUGAAACAAUUUUAAACGAGGUAUGUAUAUUUUAUAUAAUGCAUUAAUGUCUAUGUUUAGUGUUAAGUAUUAGAUUUAAGAGAAACCUAGUCAUGCUUAUUAUUAUUAAUUAAACAUUUGAUUUAUACAAAUAUAAACUAAGACUUUUAAAUGUGUAUAUUAUACAUUUGAAGUUGAAAAUUUUAUAUAAAAUAUUGUAAAUUAAUGUAUUUUUAUUCAAAUUUAACUUAAACUUGACUUUUUAUAUUUUGUGAGUUGAAAUAAAAAUAAAUGUAAUCAACAUACUAAAAUUGUUAGUAAAAUAAUCUUAAAAUAGUUGUAACUAGUACUUGGAUUUAUAUUUAAUUUACAGUAUCAAGAUAUGCAUUUCAGUUUGUUAAAAUGUUCAAUACAAUUAAAAUGUAUUAUGCAUUUACCAAUAUUUUCCAAAUUAUCUUGAAAUGAAAGAAUUUUAUUCAAAAUCAUCUUAUAAUUUCAUUGUAAAUUUAAUAAAGUUACUUUUUAUGUUAUCAAUAUAAUUUUUGAUACUCUUACUUUUAAGUAUACCAUAAUAAAUAAUUGUAUUCAUGUUUAAAAAUGUGCAAUAUACUGAAAUAUAUAAUAUACACAUUAUAUUUGAAAUAUUCAAAGUAAAAAAUUGAUCAUGUAUAUCAUGUUUUAUUUAUUAUGGACAUAAUUCACAGCAAUUACAAUGCAAAAAAAAAAAAUACCAUUGGGUAAUUUAAAUCCUAGUUCUAGUUACAAUCAAUAGAUAUUUUAUUAAUGUACACAUGUUUUUAUUUUUAAGUUCAUUGAAACAUAGUAUUUAAACAUGUUUUUAAUUAACAGUUUGUUAAAAAUUCAAUUAUUAUUGAUUAGUAUCUAAUAUUUAAAAUCAACAUGAUGAUUGUAUUUUUUAAUAUUUUAUAAUCAAAAUUAAGACUAAUUUUUAAUUUUUGUUGAACCCAUUGGCCAUUACUAGAUAGUUAAAAUAUUUUUAUGGUUUAAAAUGACUAUUUUUAUUUUUAAUUAUUAUGAUUUUGUGUUACUGCUUAUUUAAGUUAAAUAUUUGUUAAUAUAGCUGAAAAUUUACUCAAAUUUAGUUAAUUGUGAUAACUGAUAAGCUAGUGUUUGGUUUGUAAAAUGUAAUGUUUUGCUUGUAUUAGGCUAAUAAUUUAUAUAACAAAUUAAUUUGUUAUUUCUAAUGGUAUGUAGGUAUAUCAUUUUAAGUGUUGUAUAUUGCAUUAAAAUAUUCUAGUCUAUUACAAUGCUAAGUAUAAUUUGUAAUUGAGAUUGUAUUUACAAAGUUCAGGGUUGAAACACAUUUAAAUUGUUUGAGACUAAUAUACUUUUGUUAUAAACACUAAGUGUUUCAACCUCGAUUGGAAAUCAAUUGAACUGAUUUUUUUUUACUUUUUUUUUUUAUUGUAUGUAUUUGUGAAGUUGAAAUAAUUUUUAUUGUAUCCUUAUGAUAAGUAGCACAUUCUGUAUAUUAUAGCCGUUAUGUGGGAUUUGUAACUACGAUAAGGGUAAAAAUUAAAAGACUGUUAAAUUUAAA